AUGUGUGCACCGUCCGCGUCCGACGUCACCACAGCCCGCUGCAUUCCACGCUGUCAGCACCGUCCAUGUCCGAAGUCACCACAGCCUGCUGGACUCCACGCUGUCAGCAGCGUCCGUGUCCGACGUCACCACAGCCCGCUGCACCCCACGAUGUCAGCACCUUCUGCGAUAGACGUCACCACAGCCCGCUGGACUCCACACUGUCGGCACCGCCCGCGUCCAACGUCACCACAGCCCGCUGCACUCCACGCUGCCAGCUUCGUCCGUGUCCGACGUCACCACAGCCUGCUGAACUCCACGCUUUCAGUGCUGUCUGUGUCCGACGUCACUACAGCCCACUGCACUCCACGCUGUCAGCGCCGUCCGUGUCCGACGUCACCACAGCCCGCUGCUCUCCACGCUGUGUGCACCGUCCGCGUCCGACGUCACCACAGCCCGCAGCACUCCACGCUGUCAGCACAGUCCGUGUCCGACGUCACCACAGCCUGCUGGACUCCUCGCUGUCAGCACAAUCCGGGUCUGACAUCACCACAGCCCGCUGCACUCCACGCUGUCAGCAGCUUGAGCGUCCGACGUCACCAAAUCCCGCUGGACUCCAUGCUGUCAGCACCAUUUAUGUCCGACAUCACAACAGCCCGCUGCACUCCACGCUGUCAGCACCGUCCACGUCCGACGUCACCACAGCCCACUGCACUCCACGCUGUGAGCACCGCCCGCGUCCGACGUCGCCACAGCCUGGUGCACUCCACGCUGUCAGCACCGUCCGUGUCUGACGUCACUACAGCCGGCUCGAUUCCACGCUGUCAGCACCGUCCGUGUCCAACGUCACCACUGAAUGCAGCAGUCCACGCUGUGAGCAUCGUUCAUGUCCGACGUAACCACACCCCGCUGCACUCCAUGCUGUCAGCACCGACCCCGUCCGACAUCACCACAGCCUGCAGCACUCCACGCUGUGAGCACCGUCCGUGUCUGACGUCACCACAGCCCGCUGCACUCCACUCUGUCAUCACCGUCCGCUUCCGACGUCACCACAGGCGCCUGGACUCCACGCUGUCAGCACCGUCCGUGUACGGCGUCACCACAGCCCGCUGCAAUCCACGCUGCCAGCAAAGUCCGUGUCCGAUUUCACCACAGCCCGUUGCACUCCACGCUGUCAGCACCGUCCACGUCCGACGUCAACACAGACCGCUGCACUCCACGCUGUCAGGACCGUCCGCGUCCGACGUCACCACAGUCAGCAGCACUCCACGCUGUGAGCACCGUCAGUGUCCAACGUCACCACAGCCCGCUGCACCCCACGCUGUCAGCACCGUCCGCUUCCGACUUCACCACAGCCCGCUGGACUCCAAUCUGUCACCAACGUCCGCUUCCGACGUCAACACAACCCACUGGACUCCACGCUGUCAGCACCGUCCUCGUUUAACGUCACCACAGCCCGCUGUACUCCACGCUGUGAGCACCGUCCGCAUCCAACGUCACAACAGCCCGUUGGACUCCAUGCUGUGA